UACAUUGCCUACAUUAUUCAUUCACAUUUCUUGUUCAUCAUAUUUUUCAAACAUGGAAGAUGAUCACUACAGCUAUUCUUUAUGUCAACAAGAUUCCGAUCUCGAUCUUAGCUUCACAAGUUCGACAUCAAUUGCCACGACUAGUGCUCGCUCUAGUUUGGCCCGUUCAAGUUUAUGUUUGAGCUUUAACGAUUCUACACGAAUUUCAUCUGUCUCUGUAGGUAAUUCAUCUGUUGAGAUUCCUAACCUUAAUUUGCGUCCCCAUAGAAAAGGGGAUGCGAAUUGGUCAGCUAUUAAAGCUGCUACAAAUUUAUCAUCUGAUGGUGCGUUACACCUUAGUCACCUAAAGCUAAUCCGACACGUCGGAUCUGGUAAUCUAGGUCGGGUGUUUCUGUGCCGGUUACGUGAUUAUGAUCAUGCCAACUUUGCGUUAAAAGUUGUUGAUAACAACUUAUUAACAUCAAAAAAGUUGGCACAUGUCCAGACUGAAGCGAGGAUACUGUCCUCGCUUGAUCAUCCUUUUUUGCCUACUCUUUAUGCUCACAUUGAAGCAUCUCACUACACUUGCUUCGUCAUAGAUUAUUGUCCAAACGGAGAUUUACAUUCCUUGCUUCGCAAACAACCUAACUAUCGGUGUCCUAUCGAUACCGUUAGGUUCUUUGCAGCCGAAGUUUUGGUGGCUCUAGAGUACCUUCAUUCCCUUGGAAUCAUUUAUCGUGAUUUGAAGCCUGAAAAUAUUUUGAUCCGUGAAGAUGGUCACAUCAUGUUAUCAGAUUUCGACCUCUGUUUCAAUGCAGAGGUUAUACCGACACUAGUGCACACCAGUGUCGGUACAUAUAACAAAAAACAUAUUAGGAAAUACAUAAACUGUUUCCCUAAGAAAAGAUAUUUUCAAAAAGAAACGACAUUAACAGAAUUCGUGGCAGAACCAACCACGGCCUUUUCAAAAUCGUGUGUCGGGACACAUGAAUACUUAGCACCCGAAUUGGUUAAUGGAAAUGGGCAUGGAAAUGGUGUGGAUUGGUGGGCAUUUGGAGUGUUGAUAUACGAAUUAUUGCAUGGAAUGACACCUUUUAGAGGCGGGUGUAAGGAAUCAACUUUACGAAAUAUUACAUCAGCUAAAGAAUUUAUGUUCGAAUAUAAUGGUGACAUAAAUGGGAUGGUUGAAGCCAAGGAUUUGAUAACAAAGUUACUAGUAAAAGAUCCGCGAAAAAGACUAGGGUGUGCAAAGGGUGCAACCGAUAUUAAAAAACACCCUUUUUUCAAUGGGAUAAAGUGGCCGUUGAUCCGUAUGUACCAGCCACCGGAGAUCCGGGGGUUGGCCGUGAAGAAGAGUAGUAGGGUGCAUGUCGGGGCCGGGUGGCCAUUGUUCAAUAAGAAAAGGCGUGGGUUAUGGAAGGGGCUUAGUUGCUUAUUAUUGAAAAGUAAGGGGGCUAAAUGCAACUUAAACUAUAAUAGACAUUUUUACCGAUAUUAAAUAGGAAAAAGCUAUAUUAGAGGGGAAAAGGUAGUUUAUUUGAGUUAAAGAAGAUUUGUAUAAAGCUAUAUUAUAUACACAAAUGAAAUUUUUGAGCAAGUUUGUGUUUAUAUGUC